CCCUGGUGCGGAGGGUGUCGGGAAGGGGAGGAUGCGCCCCCUCGCCCUUCCCCCGAGCUCCGGCAGUGCUGCGGGUCUCGGGGGCUUGGCUUGCGGGGCGGGUAAGGGAUGCUGCUUGUCCGUUGCCGUAGGCCAGCGUCUCCGGGCCGCCCCACCGGCAGGUCUCUGGAGGCCGGAGAGCUGCUGCCGCAGUGUGGGGGGCGAGGCGGGAGCGGCGCUUCCCCCUGGGAGCGCGCAAGGCGUUCGGCGCGGCCGGUGCGAUUUUUCGGUUGGAAGCGGCGGCUGUGGACGGCACCUGAUGGCUGUGGUGCUUCGGUAUAAAUUUCCGAGCCCCGGAUAAAAAACAGGAACGGACACGCUCCUCGUCCGGUAAAAACUUCUGCAAUGAGUAAACGUAAGUCAAAGGAGAGCAGUGGAACAAGUGCAGAAUGCAUUUCACAGGUGCAAAAAAUUUUACGUGAAAGAUUCUGUCACAAUUAUGCAACUGGAAAACUGUUUGGGAUUGAACAUCAGUACAGACAUCUACUGGAACUGCUGAAACGAACUACAAUUCAUGGAGAAAGUAAUUCUGCCCUCAUUAUUGGACCCCGAGGAUCAGGAAAGACUGCGUUAUUAAAUCAUGUCUUAAAAGAGAUAACGGAAAUGAGACAGGUUAGAGACAACCUCUUGGAAGUUCAUCUGAAUGGGCUUCUGCAGACUAAUGAUAAAGUGGCCCUGAAGGAGAUCACCAGGCAGUUGCAGCUGGAAAAUGUGGUUGGGGAUAAAGUUUUUGGCAGUUUUGCUGAAAAUCUUGCGUUCCUUCUUGAAGCUUUAAGGAAAGGAGAUAGAGCUAGCAGUUGCCCAGUCUUGUUUAUACUGGAUGAAUUUGACUUGUUUGUUCAUCACAAGAAUCAGACACUGCUCUAUAACCUCUUUGAUAUAUCCCAGUCAGCACAGACUCCAGUAACAGUUAUUGGACUUACAUGUAGACAGGAUAUCCUGGAGCUCUUGGAGAAGAGAGUAAAAUCAAGGUUCUCUCACCGACAGAUAUAUUUGAUGAAUUCCUUUGAUUUUAAACAAUACAUUAGGAUAUUCAAGGAACAGCUUUCUCUUCCUGCUGAAUUUCCUGAUGAGUCUUUUGCACAACAAUGGAAUAAUAAUGUCCAGCAUCUUUCAGAUGAUAAAACUGUGCAAGGUGCACUGCAGAACCUUUUUCACUACACCAAAGAUCUGCGCUCACUUCAUUUGCUGUUGAUGCUCGUUGUAAGUAACGUUACUGUGCAUCACCCACUUAUCGCUGCAUCGGAUCUUCAUGAGGCAAGCAAGCAGUACAGAAUGGACUCAAAAGCAAAUAUUGUACAUGGUUUGUCUGUCCUGGAAAUCUGCCUAAUUAUAGCUAUGAAACACUUAAAUGAUGUUUAUGAAGGAGAACCAUUUAACUUCCAGAUGGUUUACAACGAAUUCCAGAAGUUCAUACAAAGGAAGGCACAUUGUAUGUACAACUUUGAAAAGCCAGUUGUCAUGAAGGCAUUUGAGCACUUACUACAACUGGAAUUAGUAAAACCAAUUGAAAGACCAUCUGUACGUGCACAGAAAGAGUACCUCCUAAUGAAACUGCUUUUGGACAAUAAUCAGAUCAUGGAUGCUUUGCAAGCAUAUCCAAACUGCCCCACAGAUGUUAAACAGUGGGCAGCGUCAUCGCUCAGUUGGCUGUGAACUUUUUUGGAACUUAUGAUGUCACUUUCUACAUCAUCCAGGCUUUUGGAGUUAAUGGUAAACUCCAGAGGAUGUAAUGUUUACCCACAGCAGGGUGUUCAAAUGAAUAAAUUUUUGGAAGAAGGUUGCUUUGAUUGAUGUGGGAUUUUGGGUUUUUAAGGGGUUAAGUUGUGAAAUGUGACUCACUGAACUGCUCAGGCUGUUUAGCUCAGUUCAGCGGUGAUGUUUCUGCUUUGUAGGAAUCAAAGCUCUUCUGCCUUUCUCAGGCUCAGCUGCAGAGUGCUUUAGGUGCAGGCCCAUGGCCAGGUCACAGCUCCUGCGUGCUGUGCUUGUGCUUCUUGAUGGAAGGAGCAGUGCGUGGCGUGUGGUGUCACCUGGCAACCUGGCUGUCCAGGAGCUGUAUGAAGGUAUAGACUACUACAUGUUGGAAGUCUGUAUGUAUCAGAAGUAUGUUCCUUUCCCGGUUAGAGUUCCGUUGGUUUGGUACUAGAACAUUAAGGAAGGGCUGUGUAAAGCCUGGUCGCUAGAGGCACGUCACCCUGCUCAUGCAGUGGCUGUAUGUGGUGAGGGACAUGCUGAACUUGAACGCUCCUGUCGUGUGUCAGAAGGGCCGAUGGCUUUGGCUGCCCUGAGUCCAGUAAGUCAGUGCAACUCAAAGGCAAGUCUUGUCUCAAAGCCUGUGCGCUGUCAUGUGCAUUUUUUAGCAGCCUGGUGGCUUUGCUGUCAAAAAGCCUAAGAAAUUUCAGGUUUUUGCUCUGCUUUUACUGGGAAACCCUUCUUUUCACUCCAAGGGCUGUUUUAUUUAUUUGCUCUCUUUGCUGUGUCACUAACAGUGCUGUCUUCACAACCACACAGCUCAAAGAGGAGAGCAGUACUUUGAAAAGCAGCACAAUAACUAACGAACAGGAUUGUGAUAACUUUAUGAUGGAGGUCCUGUAAUUGAUGGCUCAAACAACUCCAUGGCCUAUUGGAAUGGAACACUAUUGCAAACUAUAAAUAAAAAAGUUGUUGCAAGA